AUGGAAAAUGUACGAGAUCCUGUAAGAGUUCAGUCAAAGUCAAAACCAACUCAGCAGCAGCAGCCGUCAAGCCAGACAUUUGAAUGCUAUAGGCAGAAACAACAGUCAAGUAGUGCAGACAUUCGUGAGGAUUUUCAAAAAUUCUCUGGUGUCGAAUUAUGGGUAGAGUCAAUAAAUGAAACAUUUGCAGAGAUCCGUAUUCCACCAAAUCAACGUCUCGAUUUUAUCCCAUCGUUAUUAACUAAAAAGGCCUUAACUGAUCAUGUCUUGAGAAAAUUAAACAGUUUUGGUGGCAAGAAUGAAAAUGUCAUUCUAUGGCUCGAGGGUUUUGAACUGCUUGUCAAAUCCCAAGGAUGGUCAGACGAUCUGAAAUUUAAAUAUGUACCAACACUCUUACAGGAUGAAGCAAUGAAAUGGUAUAAAAGAAAUUCAGCAACAAUCGGCUCAUGGUCUGAAUUUGAGAAGCAAAUCAAAGAAGAAUUCACAUCAAGAUUCAAAAACCGUAAAGCAUUUGAACGCCUGCUUUAUUACGAAGAAUCAAUGAAUCAAUUAAUCAAGGAUUAUUAUAAUGAAAUCAUGGAUGUUUGUAAAGAAUCUGAUCCACAAAUGUCAGAAACAAUCAAAUUACAAUAUGUGUUGACUAAAGUCAAGCGAACAUUGAAGCUGGAAGUCAGUAAACAGUUCCCAGAAACACCAGCGGCGUUCUUGAAUUAUGGAAAACAACUUGCAGAAUUGAUGAAAUUUAUGAAAGAUGAUCCAACAGCGGUUUGCGUUGCCUCUGCUCCUCAGCCAUCAACGAGCUCAAGAAUACAUGCAUCGAUAAAUCGGAACGAUCAUCGGUUGUAUGUUCCACAUCCGAGAAUAUUUGAGCAACAGCAAGAAUCAAAUGAAUUACAUCACUUGAAGGUCAAUCGCCCAGUAACACCACUACCAUCGUCUUCACAGACAUCCAGAAACAAUCCAAAUCAGUCAGGUAAUGCAGCUGCCAACUCACGAUCAAACCAAACACAACACAAUUUAUUCUAUUCGCGCACCGCAUAUUCUAUAUCCCGGCCACCACCACAUAAUUAUUCAGGAUGUCAUAGUUGUGGCUCGCUGGAUCAUUAUCAAAGAGCCUGUCCAAAGCGACAGGAUUUUCCGUAG